AAGGUGACCUGCUUCAUGCUGCAUCACAUUGAAGAACCCUGCUCCCUGGGGGCUCAUGCUGCUGUCAUUGUCCCGCCCACCUGGAUCAUUAAGGUGAAGAAACCUCAGAACUCGCUGAAGGCUUCAAAUCGGAAGAAGAAGAGAACAAGCUUUAAAAGAAAAGCCAGUAAAAGAGGAACUGAACAGGAAAACAAAGGUCGACCUUUUGUGAUAAAACCUAUCUCUUCUCCUCUCAUGAAGCCCUUGCUUGUGUUUGUGAACCCCAAGAGCGGAGGCAACCAGGGAACCAAAGUCCUGCAGAUGUUCAUGUGGUACCUGAAUCCACGACAGGUCUUUGAUCUAUCUCAGGAAGGGCCAAAAGAUGCGCUUGAGUUAUAUAGGAAGGUACCAAAUCUACGAAUUCUGGCCUGUGGCGGGGAUGGAACGGUGGGCUGGAUCCUUUCUAUUCUGGAUGAACUGCAGCUGAGCCCUCAGCCUCCUGUCGGGGUCCUUCCACUGGGAACUGGGAACGACCUGGCUCGAACUCUCAACUGGGGAGGGGGCUACACUGAUGAACCUGUUUCGAAGAUCCUUUGCCAAGUCGAAGAUGGGACAAUUGUACAGCUGGAUCGCUGGAACCUCCACGUGGAAAGAAACCCAGACUUGCCUCCAGAAGAACUUGAAGAUGGUGUGUGUAAGCUUCCUCUGAAUGUUUUCAAUAAUUACUUCAGCCUUGGAUUUGAUGCCCACGUCACACUGGAGUUCCAUGAAUCCAGAGAAGCAAAUCCAGAGAAAUUCAACAGUCGUUUUCGAAAUAAAAUGUUCUAUGCAGGGGCAGCUUUUUCUGAUUUCCUACAGAGAAGCUCUAGAGAUCUUUCCAAACAUGUUAAAGUUGUUUGUGAUGGAACAGAUCUCACUCCAAAGAUUCAGGAACUGAAGUUCCAGUGUAUAGUAUUUUUAAAUAUACCCAGAUAUUGUGCUGGCACAAUGCCCUGGGGGAACCCAGGAGAUCACCAUGAUUUUGAACCUCAGCGUCAUGAUGAUGGUUAUAUUGAAGUAAUUGGAUUCACUAUGGCCUCUUUGGCUGCCCUGCAAGUUGGGGGCCAUGGGGAAAGGCUACACCAGUGUCGGGAGGUCGUGCUGCUCACUUACAAACCCAUCCCCAUGCAAGUGGAUGGGGAGCCCUGUAGGUUGGCCCCAGCUAUGAUUCGGAUCUCCUUGAGGAAUCAAGCCAACAUGGUGCAGAAGAGCAAGAGGAGAACAUCCAUGCCUUUACUCAAUGAUCCCCAAUCUGUCCCAGACCGCCUGAGGAUCCGGGUGAACAAAAUCAGUUUACAAGACUAUGAAGGAUUCCACUAUGACAAAGAGAAACUUCGGGAAGCUUGUAAGUUCGAAUGGCUGUCUACUUUCUCUAGUUGGUUAAUUCAAAAUUUUGAAGGGUCUAUCCCUCUGGGUAUUCUAGUUGUGCGUGGAGACUGUGACUUGGAGACUUGCCGUAUGUACAUAGAUCGCCUACAGGAGGACCUGCAGUCAGUUUCUUCUGGCUCCCAGAGAGUUCAUUACCAGGACCACGAAACCUCCUUUCCCAGGGCACUCUCAGCCCAGAGACUUUCCCCGCGGUGGUGCUUUCUAGAUGACAGAUCUCAGGAACAUUUGCACUUUGUGAUGGAGAUUUCCCAAGAUGAGAUUUUUAUUCUGGACCCCGAUAUGGUAUUGUCACAGCAGGCAGGGACACCUCCCGGAAUGCCUGACCUGGUGGUGGAGCAAGCCUCAGGAGUGGCAGACUGGUGGAACCCUGCCCUACGGAAACGCAUGCUGAGCGACAGCGGGCUGGGAAUGAUUACUCCGCAUUAUGAAGACUCAGAUUUGAGGGACCUCAGCCACUCCCGUGUGCUACAGUCACCAGUCUCUUCAGAAGAUCAUGCAAUUUUGCAGGCAGUAAUAGCUGGUGAUCUUAUGAAGCUAAUAGAAAGCUAUAAAAACGGAGGGAGUCUGCUAAUUCAGGGACCAGACCACUGUUCACUCCUUCACCAUGCAGCUAAAACCGGCAACGGGGAGAUUGUGAAAUAUAUCCUUGACCACGGACCUUCUGAGUUAUUGGAUAUGGCAGACAGCGAAACGGGUGAGACCGCACUGCACAAGGCUGCCUGCCAGCGGAACCGGGCUGUGUGCCAGCUUCUGGUGGAUGCGGGAGCAUCUCUGAGAAAGACGGACUCCAAGGGUAAGACACCUCAAGAGAGAGCACAGCAAGCUGGAGACCCAGAUUUGGCUGCUUACCUAGAAAGCCGCCAGAACUAUAAGAUCAUUGGCCACGAGGACCUGGAAACUGCUGUUUGA